AUGACAACGACGACGACGACUGUGACGAAAAACGACGAGGACGAUGAUGAUGGUGAUGAUGAUGAACGAAGAAUAUUUGAUUUGAAAAAUAUUACUGAAUUGCCGGAUUCUUACUUGAACUAUUACGGAAACGAGUGGGAAUUUCUGGGCGAUGAGGAGGAAGAGGUAAUUCUGGAAGAAGAGGAGGAGGAGGAGGAGGAGGAGGAGGAAGAGAGAGAACCAGAAGAAGUGGACAUUUUUGCGGAUUUUCCGGAGUUCGUGGUCAAGAAAAAAAUUAGACUCGAACUAGAAAAAGAAAAGCUGCGAAAAAUCAUUGAUGAAACGCUGAUCACUCCGGAAGAGGAAUCGAUCGUUUCUGUCGAAUUGUCCGUAGAAAGUUCUAUUCACCAUUGUCUCAAAGAUAUAGAUAUCAGCGAUUCCCAAUUGAAAUUACAAAAUCUAUACACGAUAUUUCCAAUUCCUGACGAUCCUGGUUUGGUGCCCGCGUUCUGGAUCAUUCACGAACGUAAAAUCGAAUCUUAUCCAGAUGACAGUGUGCUGAAAUUUUUCGACUUGGCAAAGGCAUCUCACAUCAGACCUAUACAGGCCUUGGAGGAUAUGUUACUGUCUGAGAGAAUUAAUUUGCAGUAUUAUGGAAUCAAUCCGCGUGCCAUUAGACCUCUUUGCGAAGCUCUGAUGAAAAAUCCUUUUGUACAUUUAGUCAAUCUCACAGGCAAUUGGUUAUCAGAAGAUGCUUGUUAUCAUCUAAACGAUCUCCUUCAGAACAACAACAUAAUACACACAUUGUUGUUAUCAGGAUGCAAAAUUGGCGCAAAAGGUGCCGCGAAACUUCACGAUGGAAUUUCGGAGAAUGUAACAUUGAAGAAAUUAGAUCUCUCUGAUUGUAACAUUGGUAACGAAGGUUUAGACCAUAUCACCGAUGCAAUGUGCGAUAACGAGAGCAUCGAAACUCUUUUAAUCAACGAUAAUAAUCUCGAUGAAUCUUGCGCGGGAACUUUACAAAGAUUGCUCUCCUGUUCGAAGACAGUGAAGCGUUUAGGAUUGUCAUGGAAUUCUUUGUACACCGCAGAAACUUGGAAGAAACUGAUCAGAGGGUUCGAAAACAAUGAAGUCUUAGUCGAUCUUGAUUUAUCGUGGAAUGCUUUAGGGGAAGAAUGCGUUCCAUAUAUUCGCCGAUUAUUAAUGCGUUCUUUGUCAUUGAAAAAAUUACAUUUAAAUGGAAAUCGAUUUUACAAUGAAGAUGUAGAAACCAUAGCGAAAGGAUUAUCAAAAAAUACAAAACUCGAGGAGCUAUAUAUGGGUAACAACCCUAUAAAAGCUGAAGGAGCACUUAAUCUUGUUAAAGCAGUUACACCUGACAAAUCGCCUGAAAGUCCAUUACGUAUUUUGGAUCUUACGAAUAUUUGGGCAAAUAAAAAAAUAUUACCGGAGCUUGAAACAAUUCAAAAUAGGAAACCGUGGCUUGACAUUAAGUUAGGAGGAAUACUUAGCAAUUAUAAAGUGAAAGAUCCCGAUAUACAAGCAAUACUUUUGAGGAGAGCCAAAUAUGAAUCCAUGAAACCAAAGAAAAAACAACAUCGCAGAAACUUUGGCCACUUUGUGUUAUCACUUUCUGACGGUCCUAUUUCAAGAGGGAUGUUUGUAAAACUAAUAAAAAAAUUUCGAUUGAAGUUAUCUCAAUCUCUAAUAAAUGAAUUAAUAAAUGCAUUUGCUGAUGUAAGGCAUGAUGUCGAUCAGGAAUUAUUAAAAUCUGUCUAUAUGAAACAUUUUCCAAACACAAAACUUCCGCUGGAAAAACCUGUUAAAAAAAGA